CACCUAUGUAUACCACCAAUUAUAACAAAAAGAUAACAAAAUCUUCAAUCCUCCAAAAUUGAUAUAUAUAGACGUAGCCCUCAGUUAAGCAUCGUGCAGCUGGGUUCUUUUCGUUGAUACACAUCCAAAUUAGGAAGCCUAAAUAAAUUUGUCACACCAUUAAUUAAUCAAUUUUCGUUCCCUCUAAAAAUGGAAUGCAUGGGUGAUGAUCAAAACGCCAACAACAAAAAGACAAAGGCACCCGGGCGGCAUUCCGCCUACCGCGGCGUCCGGUGCCGGAGCAGGAAAUGGGUGUCGGAGAUUCGGGAGCCGGGGAAAGCCACGCGGAUAUGGCUGGGGACGUACGCCACCGCCGAGAUGGCCGCGGUGGCCUAUGACGUGGCAGCGCUGGCGCUCAAAGGCCCCGAAGCUGCCAUAAACUUCCCGGCCUUCGCCGCGUCGUGCUCUCCGCCGGCUUCCCUCUCCGCGGCCGACAUUCGCGCAGCGGUGUCCAAUGCUGCGGCGGCUGUGGGUCCGCCGGGCAUACAGCUGCCUGAGCAGGAGGAGGAGUCUUCGUCGUGCGCUGAAUUUAUUGAUGAGGAAGCGCUGUUCAACAUGCCGAAGCUGCUGGUGGACAUGGCCGAGGGCAUGCUGAUUAGCCCCCCGCGGCCGAAAAAUGACGGCGGGGGGCUCGCCGGAGAAUUACUCGGUGGAAGAGAGGCUUUGGAGUUAUCCUUCUUUCUGAAUCGGAGUAAUAAUAAUAUACGUGUACACUAAAAUAAGCAGCAGGUUUGAGUUAUGUAUAUGCUCUUGUGUUUAGUUAUCGUGGCAAAAAUUAUUAGCUUUGAUUAAUUGCAUGUAUAAU